GCCCACAGCGAGUUCGAUUUAGUCGAAUCGAAUCUUUUUUGGGCUCGAUCGGAUCCAUCUAUCUUCGAAGAUCUUUCUUUUGCACACCAUUGAUUCUCUCGAACGUUCUCGCUCGUUGGUCCUCAAUAACCAUGAUGAACAACGCGUUGCUACCGAUUCGAUCCAGUCUUCCCAAGGCUAUCAGAAGAACCUCGUGUCGUCUUAUUCGAUCAGGUCCGCCUUCUCGCUUGGUAUCGCCCAUCAGGCAAGCAUUUCCUGCAUCACAGAGUGCUUUUGCUUUGCGUCCUUUUUCGAGCGGCGCCCAGACGCUUUCUGAUGUGCUGGCCCGAGAGUUAGCCGAAGAAACCGAGGAAGGUCGAGACCAAAUCCCCGAAGAACUUGCUGAGCUUAAGAGUUCUAUUGAGAAAGAUUGGAAGGUCGUUGACGAUGGUGCGAUCACUCGGUUGAUCCGAUCGAUUGGAGCCAGUAAAGUGGUUGUCUCGUUUCACUGCCAAGACACGGUGGAUGGCGCAGAGGAUUAUGUCGAGGAAGAAGAGGGAGAAGAACCUGCCUUGCCCUUUCGAUUUGAGAUUCUUGUGUCCAAGGCAGGAAAUACAUUGGUGCUUAAUUGUAUCAGCAAUGCUGGUGAAACCACAGUCGAUGGGGUUGCCAUGACCACUGAAGACAUUGAAUCGGUUCAAGCCAAUGGUAUUGGUCGCAACAAUUAUCAGGGACCUGAAUUUCAAGAGCUAGCCGAGGACCUACAGGAGGCACUUCAUGAAUAUGUCUUUUCGGAGCUAGGUAUCGAUGAAGACGUCUCUGCCUUUGUCUCGAUGUAUGCUGAUUACAAGGAGCAAGUGCAAUACAUCGGAUUCUUGACGAAUGUUUCUAAGGUUCUUCCGUAAGAUUCAUGCUCCCUCUUAAGUCUGAACAGACAUAAUUGAAAAUUUAGCUAGAACCAAUCAACGAAUAAAAAAUAGAGACUGAUAUUGAGCUUGUUUGG